AUGCUCCUGAAUCUCACCACUGCCCUCACCAACCUCGAUGUCAGCAGGAACAAUUUCUCCAUCUUCCAUUUUCCACAAUGCCUCCAGGAGAGGCAGCUAAGAAGGCUCAAUCUUUCCCACUCGGGGAUCACUGAGGUUAACUCGCUUCUCUCUGCAUCUUUGGAAGACCUGGAUCUAAGUUAUAAUUCUCUGAAGGAGUUCAACAACCCACCGCAGACCCUGAAAAAGCUGGUUUUAUCCAAUAACCACCUCACAAGUCUUCACUUUCUGAGAAAUCUAUCCCAUCUCAAAGAGCUAAAUGUGGACUGUAACAAGCUUACAGUCUUGGUGGAUGAGACAAAGCUUGGUCUGGGCAUCCUGCAGCAGCUGGAUGUUCUCCACGCUGGGGGGAACUCGUAUCACUGUGACUGUGCUCUACUGCAAACCGUUCUCCUCCUGAACAAAACAAAAUUCAUCUCUGAGGACCCUGGUAUGUACCUGUGUGCCACACCGAAGAUCCUACAGGGGACUCCGAUAAUGAAAUAUUCCUUUGGAGGAUGUGUAAAGCCAGUCAGUAAAGCACAGCGCAGAUCUCUUCUCUGUUUGACACUCUUGGUGGGUUUAUUGUCACAACUGAUUUGUAUAUAUUGAUCUUUGCAGCGCGCACUGUUCAGUUGUCUAAUGAGAUUCAUUGUAGAUUGUCUAGUAUCAAUGGGUUUAGACGUGGAAUAAUUCAUUAGAAUGCAAAUGUAUUUGUUAAUCUAUAGGCUUGGCAGGUUCUGAUAAUUCUUUUUGAUUAAGUGAAUGGAGCAAUGACAUCUGCAAUUAGAUAAAACCCCAAGAUUUCACUUCUCAAGGGUCCACAACCCAACUGUAAAACAUUUGAAAUAAUUCAACCAAUAUUCACGUCUUAUACAAUGAUGUAACGUGAUGUGAUAAGAUACCACAUGAAACAAUGAGAUAUGAUACAAUAUGAUUAAUCAGACUUUCUGAUGUAAGGCAAAGUGCUGUACAUAAAAAGAAAAGGAAAAAAAUGAUAAUAACAAAUUUAAAAUAAAUUGAUAAAUGAAAUAAGUAAAUGAACAAAUAAAAACUGAAUAAAAAAAUUUGAAAACUGAUGGAACACAAUCACAAGGGGAAGAAAAAACUGCAGGUAUAAAAAAAAUAUUAAAUGUCAAACAGGAGAAUAAAAAGAGAAGAAUAUGCAUAAAAUUACGGAAUAAAUAAUAGGCCUAGAGAUGAUAUAAGAUAUGAUAUAAGAUUUAGCUACUUUACCAGUGAAAUUCAAGAAUUAAAAGAAAUAAAACAAGUAAAAACAAUUUUCAACAUCUCAUACGACAAGGGGGAAAUUCAUAUGUUUGGAAACCCCAAAAAUGGGUCAUUAUAUUCAAUUUAAUUUAUCUCAGAUAAAGUCUUUGUACUGUUUUUUUUUUUUUUUGUCGGUUCUCGUGUUGUUUGUUUGUUUGAAUUUUUCAUGUUAUUUUUGUGUUGGGUUUUGUCUUUUUACUCUGUUCUUAUGUUUUGUUUUUACUUAUACAAAUUGUCAGAGCACAAAUAAAGUUAAUAUUUUGAUUAUUAUUGAGAAUGUACUGAUAAGCCAAAAUAUGAACAAUCAAUUAUUUUAUAAUCACAAUGUGUUUUCUCUUUGGGACAUGUCUUGUACUCAGCAUUAAAAUAAACCAGGAAAAACAAAACAUGCCUGAUCUCUUUGUCUUCCUGUUAAUUCCCUAAAAUUGCAACAUUUGGAUGUACGAGGUAAACAAUUUAAUCUUAUAACUCCAGCUUCAGCAGUGAACUUUCCCUCCAUAUUUGUAACCUCACCCCGUGGAUCGUCUGCUCCAGUGAAAGCAGAUUCUGCCUCAUUAAUAUUUCAGCCUGCUUGUGUCAUGGAUCCAGGUGAUCCAGUGACUACAGCACACGUAUGCCCAGACCAGCCACUGUGAACAUGAAUCAACAUGUAAGUAUCUUUUUAAUCACAUUAUUGUAUUCAUUUAUAUCGAGUUUUGACAUUUUCUGUGUUCUUCAGCCGUGUGAGAGAGCUGAAACAGUGAAAGUUGGACUUGUUCUCUCAACAAUCCCAGGUAAAGCAGAGCAAAAAUGUCGAAUCUGUGAGUUUGCUUUUCUGUCCCCGGGGGAAUUGUGUUCAAAUGUUGUUUUCUUAUUCAUAGAGGGUAAAGACUGUGUGGUUAUUAGAGAAGACAGACGUGGAGUCGACUACAAAUUGGCAAAGGACGAGGUAAAACAUUCAAAUUCACCCCCGGCUUUAAUCAAUAUUCUGCAAUUUGCCUCCUCAAAACUCCUACUGUUUGUGAUGUGUUUUUUAAAUCAGGAGGCACAGUCCUAUUUCUUUGACCAAGUUGUGACUGUGGACAACAUUCAGGUACAAAAGAGCUUUUAAUCUCUUUGUAUAAAAAAGUUGCUGUUCAUACAAAUCCACACUGGCGUUGUUGAUCUGUUAGAGCUGUUCUUUCCUGAGCCUCUUGGUGCCUUUUUAUCGCCAAAUCCUUGAAUGUCAGUAAACUAAAAAUCUAAAUAUCUGAAUGUAUUUCUGCAGAGUCUGAGCCCUGUCCUCCUGCAGCCUCUCACUGAGGCUGUAUCCAGUGGUUAUAAUGGUGCACUGCUUAUAUGUGGAGCCUCUUCAGAAGAGAUUAAGUCUGUGAUUGACAACACAAUCAUAAAGCAGGUGGAGCCAAACACAAAACUACACUUCAAACUAAUCAGAUUUGUUAUUUCAACCGAUAAUCAUAUUCUUCCUCUCUUUUAGGUUCUUGAAAAUCUGUUCAGUCAUAUGAUACCAAAUGCAAAUGAGAACCUAUUCAUCUCUGUGUCAUUUCUUCAGGUUUGUCCUUCUAUUAAAAAGCACAAAGACUUAUUAUACUGAACACAACAUGCUUUAGGUUAACAUCUGUCGUUUGUCAAUGUCAGUUUUAUCCAGAUGGCAGCGCUGUGGAUGUCCUGAGCUCUGAUCAACAGGCUCUAAAACUUGUAGCACAUCCCAUCCUUGGAAAGUGGGCAAGCAUGAAGAUCAGAGCAUACAAUAUCAGGAUACAGACAUUUCAGAGUUUGGAUCAGAUUUUAUCUUUGUUUUUUUUUUUGUCAGUGUUGUUGUGGGCUUGUGUGAGGUGUGUGUGAGUUCAGCAGAGGAGGCCUACGCUCUCUAUGAAAGCUGCCGGGGGAACCUGAAGUCCAACACGGGCCUCAUUUUUAGCAGGUGAAACAUCCACUGGUUAAACAAACUAUGUUGUUUAUCCACGUAAUCCUUUAAUUCAACUUCUUUAAAUGGAUUAAACACCACGGCUGUUCACAAAAGAGCUCAGUGUCUUACUAUCACUUUCCGAUCCGAUUGUCACGCAGUGGAUUAAUCUGUGUGUUUUGUCAUCAGGCCGGUGUACACUGUGCUGUUACAGUUCCUUUUCUUGACCGUUCUUUGUUCCUAAAUAAGCUUAUCAUUGUCUCUUCCUGUAGAUGUAGUUCCCUGUUCUCAGUGGCUGUUGAGUGGAAACUUGAUACAGAGAAGGCGGAGCCAGAGAUCUGCCGCAGCAGACUGCAGCUGUUCAACCUGGCAGGGGGAGCCAGCAGGACCAACCUUCGAGGGUCAGAUAUGCACUGACAUACACAGAACAGCAUGUAACACGGCAACUUCAAAUGACUGCACCCAUCGCACACUAAUGGACACUGUUAGACCCUUUAACAUCAGACAUGAUACAUAUGUCAGUUAUACGGGUUUAAAUAGUCAUGCAUAUCAAUUACAUAGAUUUAUAAAAUAGUUACUCAGUUUGAUGUAUUUUGUAAUACAACAUUUCUGGUGAAUUACAGAAGGGAAUCAGCAUAAUCAAUGUCAAAGCACUGGGAUGAAGAUGUUUCCUGUGUCGUAAUGUUGGCUAUGAAAAAUAGCACCGAAGCAAACAUGACAAAGUCAAGAUCAAACUUUAUAUCUGCUUAGCCUGUUACUCAAAGCUUCUGUGUGAAGUUGGAAGCUGGUAAUCAAAAUUUAAAUUAUCAUGGAUGUCUCUGUAUGACAAACAGAUCAGUGUGCCUGAAUUCCAUGACCCAUGAAUAGAAUUAACUAUUAAGUCUUGCUAAUGAAACUAAGCUCAAUUUUAUGUAAACGAGCCUAGCAGGUUGAGGAAAAUAUGAGUCGGAUCUCAGAAAACAAACUCCUGCAACUCAUGACAGUUUUUGAGAAGUUUAGUGGUCUUGGCAUUUUCAAUGAACUAUAGCUAUUGCAGCGUUGUAUAACAAUAUUGUAUAAAAGAGUGACAUUCCCUUAUAUUUUCAAAGAAAGUUAUAUGAAGCUCAAGAAUGGAUGUCAACACAGUGGAGUAAUUUUAGUUCAACCUAAAAACAAGCAAAGAGUGUUGAAGAGUCGGUGUUGAGGCGGGCCUUGAGCCUCCCGGUAAGCAGCUACAUAAAGCCCAACCUGUUAGUCAAUUCAGCUGUACACCGAGUUUUGCAAGUCUGUGCAUAAAUCAAGGCUGAUAAAUAAUGAAAUAAUAGACGCCUGCACAUUGUGUUUAAUUGAGAAAUGAGCUACACAUUUGUAAACGUAUGACCUGGGUGUUUGGAGUUAACCUCAGGCAGACACUCCAAAAACUUUAGUCUUUUGCAUUGAAUUUUGGCGUCUUUUAUCAACACCCAAGGUUGUCACUUUGAUAUGCAAAGUACAAGUUUGUAAGAGAUAUAAAGCAGUGGGGCAGUGGAAGUAAGAACUGAAUGUUAUCCGCAGUGUUUGUCCACUAGUAAAGAUCUUGGACCACACCCAAUGUGAGGCCACAACGGACGGCAAGUACCUCCCUUUCCUGCUAAAAGAGGUCUUAACAGGAAAUAGCCAGACGGCCCUCGUGUACUGCCUCCACCCUCAAGGUUUGUGUUCCCAAGUGGGCAGUUCACACAUAACUCCUUUGACAGAGUCAUCAUUUUCUUUGUUCACUGGCCUAUCAGAUGAGGAGACCUCUGCUGUUUUGGCGUUGGCCCAAAAGGUGAAGAGUCUGGUUACCAAGGCUGUGAUUGGUCACUGGUGUCCAAGGGUAACGGAGCAAAAGAUCAGAGAUGAUAUCAUGGAUCUGAGAGCUGUGAUGAUAUCAGAGGGGGAAAAUGAAGCCCAUAAGAGCUUCAGGCUGGCAGAGCUGACCCAGAGUCUGCAGGUAAUUCAUCAGACGAGCCAAACACUGAAUCCUGCUUCCUCACAUUCCUCUGCGAGGGCUAAUUGAGUUCAUUGGUGAAAUAAAUUCUGUGAUCUCUGCAACAGAUUGUGAAAAAUCAGUCAUGGGAGAAGCGGAGGGAUGAGUCAAAAAAGAUAAAAGGCAAAGCACAGGUGUCUGGCUGAAUUUUUUUACUUUAUCUUCUUACAGACUAGUUUUAACAAAAUGAUAACUGAUUUGUGUUCCCAGCAUAAUGAAUCAAGCACCGUGUUUGGCUCUGAUUUGGCAGAGUUAUCGGACAACAAAGAGCAAAUGGCACAGCAGCGAUCGCACUAGAGAGAGUACAGACACAAUGAAAUACUUACAAGAGCAGCUGAGAGAAGAAAUGGAAGAGCAUAUGAGAGGUAAUUUGUCAUGUGAAAUAGAAAUGUGGGUCAACUCUAUAAUAGAAGGGUGUCACCAAUUUAGUGCGUUUAUCAAAUCCACAGAGGGGAAGGGGAGUGUAGAGAAAGUCCAGGAAAGAGUAACAAGAAUCCAGCAGCUCAGGGAGUCUAUACGAGAGGAGAAACUAAAGAGCGGGGCUGCUAUACAGACACCUGACCUCUGUCAGCAGGUAAAGUACUCAAUUUUACUCCUGCCAUUUUAAAUUGUGCUGUAUAUCAAUACCUCUGACUGGAUACGGUGUGUAAGAGGAUUUGUUAAUACUCUGUGAGAUUGAUGUCUGCAGGAGAAGCCAAACUAAGACAUUUAUUUUGCCAAUUAAAUGCUCAGUCUCAUUUAGAAUACAACAUAGCGCAAGAGCGGAGGAGGCAACUUAAAGAGCACCAUGGGAGAUUAAUUCAGGAGGAGGUGGAGAAGAUGGAGAGAGACUUGGCACAGGAGCAGCUACCGGUGAGAUAAUGAGAAACGCUGUUGUUUAACAUUAUUCACUUUGUGAUCUAUCUUAGCCCAGGAUGCUGAGUUGGUUUAAAUUAAUGCAAGGUUGGAUUUAUGGUGGGUAGUAGAAAACCACCACAUCUGCAACUUAAUUCUGCUAUUUCCUUGCAUUUUUUUUUUCAAUUUUGUCCAUUCCUCUGCUAGACAGAGGGCCCUGAGAGAGAGCUGCUGGUGCUGACCAGAGAGCGGCGGGUCCUGGUGCUGCAGAUGGAGGCGCUGCGCACUGAGGCCCAGCAAGCUGAGAGAGACCUGCAGAGUCAGUAUGACCAACACCAAAGAGAGCUCCACUGUUUGAGAGAGGAGAGUCUUCAGGUCAGACCUAGACUGAUAUUCUAUCACAUUUUCAUUCAAUGUCUUUUACGACUUCAUCAAAACUUUUUAUCUGCGAGAAGGAAUAGGGCUUUCAUGAGUUACCUUCACUAAAGUUAAUACUAAAGUUAAUAAAGUUAAUAAAAGAGUAUAAUAUAGUCACAGAUAUGUAGAAAUUUGUGCUUAAAUGAUGUUAGUGUUUUAAUGAUUUAUUUAACUCAAGCUCAUUGAGAUGAACUCAAUGUUAAUUGUACCUGUAUGAAAAUUAAGUGCCAUGAAAAAAUACUCUUUCCCGGAUCCUUAACUUCACUCUUGACAUGUUAGAAAAAUAACCAAGCCCAGAGAAGUUUCAUGAAAUUUCUCUUAACAUAACAUACACCACUUAAAGACAUGAUGAAAGAGCUUGAUGCAAAUUAAUCUGUAAACAUUUUUUUAAUUUGUCGUACUUGCAAAAGUUUCAUUCAUAUUUGUCACAAACUGUGAGAUUUGUGCGAUUUAAGUUGAUAAGUUGAGUGAUAGUGCUGCAGUUCUCACACACCAGCUCUGGAGAUUUUUGUAAAGAUCUUCAAACACACAAAAGUCACAAUUAUCUGUAGUAUGGGGCCUAUUUUCAAAUCUUCUCAAACAAUGACAACUUAAAAUGGAGCAUGAGUGGAACAUUAACAAAAAUCAUUUAAAUAACUAGGAUUUUGCAGGUCAACACAGGACAACACACAACAGCUGAUACAAAUGAACACAAAACAAAAUUAAACUUUGAAAAAGUUGAUUUUACAGCCACCACUUUUUUUCCUUUUUUCUGUGUUGUCUGUACGGCUCUCUAGGUGUUCAGAGUGUUUCGUCAGGUCAGUGAAGAGCACAGAAAGAUGUCAGAGGGCAGAUACAGAGGUGUGCUGCUGGAGGCUGUGCAGGAUGCCGUCUACCUCUCUACCCAGAACCAGGAGCUGCAGGCUGAAAACAAACAACUCUGUAAAGGUCAAUGUAAAUUCCUGCAGGCAGACUGCGGGCUGUUUUUUCAUGGAUUAAACUGCCAAUAAGACUAACCUCUACAGUAAAUGUGACAGAAAUGCCAUGAGUCCAACUGAUCCAACACUUGAACACUGUUGUUUUCUUUUGCAGCACUCGGUGAGCUGAAAGAUGCUUUGGCUGUUCAAAGUGAUCCUACCUCUGGACUGGCAUCUCAACAGCAAUAAGUUUAUCACUUGAAAAUUUUAAUCAAUCAGGAUGCUACAUUCUAAUUAAUAGCAAUGACGCUCAUUUUUUGUUCACAAUUUAUUGGUUUUCAUUAACACUGUUUAACACUUUGAUAUUAUCUAUGACAUUGUUUUUGGCUUGAGUAUGUUACAACAAACUCAGCCACCAAAUCGACAGAAGCAGCACAGCACAGAUGUGUCAAACUGAGGUCAUAAUGAUGCCAUCCUGCUUCAGUAUCUCAACUUUCUUGCAAUAGUGCAAAAGAAUGAUAAAUUUAACAAUAUGGAUGUUCAAUGGCUUGCACAAAACUUCCCACAAAGCACUGUAACAAAUCUGACACAGGCUUUAGAACUUGAGGAAAAAAAGGCAAAAUAAAAGGCAAUGAAAAAAAAAAAAUCACAUUUUAAACUCAAAACACAGAAAACAGAUGUGAUAAGUUGAAUGUUUUGAUGCAUUUUGCUCCCAUGGGUCUUAUGGUCCAUUUGGUAGAUGCUAUCUGUAAUAAAGAUAAGCUGCCAGUCCAAUCAUAGAAACUGGAAGGAGGAAAAAUGGUGUGAGCUGCAGGCCUAAGAUGGCCCAGGACAACAGAGCGUUGACCAGCAUGGAGCAGGAAAUGAUAAACAGUCUGGUGAUCCCGCUGCCAUGCUUUAGCACCACAGACAUAAGGAGUCCAUUAGCUGCCUGCCCUGCUAUGAUGACCCAAACCACCCCUGAGUAUCCCUCCAAAAAGCUCUUCUCACUAGUUACCAGGGAGAGAGAGGAAAGCCCAUUGACAGCUACACCGAACAUGUAGAGGUAGAGAUUCUGCAGGCUUAAGGGCAGCUUCUGACUCUUCAGCACUCUCUCUGUGUAAACUGCUGCCAGGCCUGAAACAAAGCAGUACACCAGCACAAGGAAAAGCCCCCAAGCAGUAACGUGAAGCCUGGGACCUUCCUCGGCUACAGCUCUGACAGGGUCUCCAAGAUCCAGACUGCUGUAAGUGUGACAUACUCCAGCAGCCAUGAGGAGCC